GCCUCACAGAAAGAAGAAGCCCUUCAUAGAGAAGAAGAAAGCAGUAACUUUUCAUCUGGUCCACAGAAGUCAGAGGGAUCCGCUAGCUGCUGAUGAAACCGCUCCUCAGAGAGUUUUGCUACCUGCUGACAAGGUAGAUACAGAGAAAAGGAGAGAGGAACAAAGGAAAUAUGGUGUUUUUUCUUUGAUGAUGACUACAAUUACUUACAGCACCUUAAAGAAGUAGGCCCUGCUGAACUUGUUUCUUCUCAUACUGGACGACCACAAAGUAGGAUUAUUGUGACUGAUGAUGGAAAGGUAGAAGAUGAAGUGGAACAAAUCCAACCUCCAACUAUACAUUUACCUUCUUCAGUGUUUGCAUCCGAGUUUGAGGAGGAUGUAGGAUUGUUGAACAAAGCGGCACCUGUUCGAGGUCUUUGUCUGGACUUGGAUCCUGAUGUUGUGGCAGCACUAGAUGAUGAUUUUGACUUCAGUGACCCUGAAAACCAGUUGGACGAUGACUUUGUAAUAAAGGCCAAUGAUCCUGUCAGUGAAAAUCACAGAAAUGGGGAUGAUGACGAAUGGGAAGAUGUUGAUGAUGAGGAAGAGGAUGGUGAUGCGAGCGAAGAAGAUGAGUUUGACUCAGAUGGCCCUCUGUCUGAUGACGAGAGCAGAGGUGAAGAUGGCCCAAUGAAAGAGUUCCUGUUCAUGCAGGAAGAGACGAAGAGUCGCUUCUCACAGUAUUCCAUGUCUUCAUCAGUUAUGAGGAGAAAUGACCAGCUUACUCUUCUGGAUGAGCGCUUUGAAAAGUUUUAUGAGCAGUUUGACGAGGAUGAGAUUGGCGCCUUGGAUAAUGCAGAAUUAGAAGGAUUUAUUCAGACAGAUAGUGCUAGACUUCAAGAUGUUGUAGAGGACUACUUCAAGCAGAAGGCAAAAGAGUGUGUAAAGUUAAAGGAUUUGAAACCCAGAGAAAGUUUGGACUUGAUUGAAGAAGAAGAUGAAGAAGUGGAAGAAGAAAUGCAAAUUAUAGUUAUUGAAGAGCCUGCUGAAAAGUGGGACUGUGAAUCAAUACUCAGUACAUAUUCAAAUUUAUAUAAUCACCCGCAGUUAAUUAAGGACCCACCAAAGACCAAGCCAAUAAAGGUAUCUGCCAAAACUGGCAUUCCGCUGGGUGUUCUUCCUGGAAGGGGGCCUACAGCCAAACAAGUAGAGCGCAUGGAAAGGAUUAAUGAUGGAGAUUUGCCCAGAGUUUCUACGCAGCAGCGUUCCAAACUUGAAUCCACCGAAGAGAGAAAAGCCAGGAAACAAGUUAUAAAAGAAGAAAGAAAGGAACGAAGAAUGGAGAAGAAAGCCAAUAAACUUGCUUUUAAAGUAGAAAAGAGCAGACAGGAGAAGGAACAACUGAAUUUGAGACAUAAUCUUCAAGGACUUAAGCUGUCUUAA